AAGGAAACCAUUAACAUUAUUUAGUCCCUUGCACGAUUUACACUAAAGAGUACAUUUUAUUUCCUUCACCUUCUAAUGAAGAAACGGCAGCUCAAAGCAUCUUUAUUACUCAUAACAGUUACAAUGGCAUCUAUGGUAGCACUGAGAGGACUCAUCUUUCUCUUUCUGCUUCAUCUGCCUGUUCAGGUGGAUGUUGACACAACCAUCCUUGCCAAAAUGAUUCAAUAUUUUGACGAUAAUGUUCAACCAAAGCCUGGUGCUCAGUAUGCAAUAGCGAUUCGUCUCUCAAAGGAACAGUGCAGAGAUGAAACUUUUUCUAUUGAGACUGUGUUCAGCAGAGCAGACGUUGAAAAAGUAAACAAAACACUCACAGAUGGACAAACAUGUGAACUCUGUACAGACUCAAAGAAUGUAAUUGCUGCAAACCCACAAUACAAAAACCCCAAAAACCAUUCUGAAUAUCGUCUGCUGUAUCCUGUGGGCAGUUCUCCUAUGGACAAACUUUUAAAAAAUGUAGAUAAAAAUAGCUGUGUGGUUUUCUAUACUUACAACUCACCAUGUGUGACAAAGUGCAUUAAUGGUGAGAAGAAUAUUUUGGAGGGCCUUUCAAAUUGGAAAAAUAAGCAACAAGGGGGAGUUAAUUUUUUUGUCUUUCAAAACAUCUGGAAAAAGGAUAAGGGCAAGAAGAAUCUAUCAAAGGAAUUCCAAAAGAUUGAAGAGAAAGUGCCCCUUUAUCGAUGUUUUGGUGAACAAAUUAACUGUUUAAAAUAUGGGGAUAAUAAUAACAAUCAGAUACUGUCUGACUGAAUUAAACUAAAUGUAUCAAACUCCUUUACUAAGUGAUUUAAAUGCUUAGGGUUUUUUUGCUUAUGAAAGAAAUGUCAAUCAUGAAACUGUAUUAUGUUUAUUCAUAAUUUUCACUAUAUGUUCACGCUAUAUCUGUUUGAUUUAUAUCUGUAUGAUUUAUAAGCUUGUUUCUUUAUGGGGCCCUUAAAAGGUCACAAAACUGGUAUUCCUAUCUUUGUGGGGCACAAUGUGAAAGAUAACCAACAAUUAGCCUCAGAAUAGAUGUUAGAUGUUUGAAGCCUUGGUGUACCUUUAGGUCUUAUUCAUUGACAUUAAUUAAGAAAGAAAAUGUACAGUGGAACAGUUAUAACUAUUAAUAUUUAUUAUUUAAAUUAUUAGUAGUGAUGCACCGAUGUAUCGGCCGCCAAUAUUUAUCGGCCGAUUUUUGAUGAAUUUGAAACCAUCGGCAUAUCGGCAAUAGCACGAGAA